AUGGCCAGGCGGAUGUGGCUGUCACUCUACAUGCUGUCAGCUUCCAAGUGCCGUUGGGCUGGCCACCAUGGGACGCGUGAUGCUGAACAAGGGAAUGAGGUGGUCCAGUUCAAUUCCAGUUCACCCCAAUGGUCCUUGGCCAUUUCUCACCCAGCAUUCGGGAUGUCCCAAGCUGCUGUGCUGAAGGGUGAUGAACUGGAGUCAGCUGAGAUUGAGAGUGUGGUUCCAGCAGCUGAAGCUCAAACCUCCAGUGCUGGGCUGGAAGAGCUGUUGGGACAAGGUCCAGGCGCCGGCCCUGAUCGCUUGCUGACUCCAGACCUGUUUGUGGACUGCCUAGACCUUGCCUCUUGCCUCGACCCCUUUGUUGCUGAGGACUCCACUUGGCUGGACUUUGACUUUGGACCGGCCUUGGUGUUGCUGCCGCGUUCCCAUGAUAGCAGCGGUGGCAUUUGUUACCUGCCUGUCACUGGUCCAACAGAGGAGCCUGCCAGGAAGGCCACCCGGCCCGAACGCUCCGGAACAGAUUUGCCUCCUUCCCAGAGUAACAACCCUGUAGCUGCGCACGAGACGGUUUUUUCCUGGAUUGAGAACGAGAAGCCAGAACGACGCGGGCUGUCACAAAACCGUGCUCCUGAUUUAAAAGCUUCUCAGGGCCACUGGAGAAUCCAAGCACUCCCUGCACCUGAAGAGCAUCUCAAAACUCAAGGAGAAGUACCUGAGGCAUCUCUUCCAAAAAUGGAACCAGACCCCAUGACCCUUGUUUUUAGUGCAUCUCAGAAUGCAGUCUCAGAGUAUGAAGAACAGAACGGCCAGCAAGCAGGUUCACGAGGAGAGACGAGGUUUGAGGACACAGAUGAUGAAUAUUUUGAUUUGGGGCACCGUGAUCAGAAGGCUGGAAAUGGAUGGAGACUGAUGGAACCUCCUGAAGAUGGGUCCAGGUGGGAAUCAAAGUCUAUCAACGGGAGGAAGGACCUCUGGGCGCUGCCCCCAGACAGAGAGUCCAAGCUGGAAGUGGUCAAAUCGGGCUCACUCUACAACAUCCGGGCUUACACAGGAGAGAAGAAGAAGCCCUCCAGGCUUUACGAUGAAGACGAAGAGGAAAUGAGGUACAAGAUCCCCCCAGAGGACGUCUCAUCUGAGAAAGCCAAGGAACUCAAAAAAGAACGGCAGGAGAUUAUCCGAGGCCAAGUGGUAAGGAAGAGCACGACGGUGGUAGAAAGGUGGAGCUCCGUGAACGAGCUGGAAGCCACCACUGCAGCCUCGCCAGGCAAAGACUUUGCAGAGGGCAGAAGGAGUUACUCCACCGGGUUCGCCAUCUGUUUCGAUGGGCCUUCCUCCAGCUGGGUCAGCACCCCUGUCAACCCCCAAAACAUAGACACAGAGCAGAUCAAUUUUGCUGCUGCCCGACAGCAGUUCCUGGAGCUGGAACAGACGAACCCAAAAGUGCUUCUGGGGGUGAGGAAACCGACGACGGUGACCACUCCAAGGUCGCAGAUAGCGCAAAACAUUCAUGGGAGGGAGGAACAUGCAGGCCCUGGUGAUUCUGAAUAUGACUGCCAGAGAAGACCACGUGUGUCUCACGAGUUGGCAGACCUCCUUAUCUCCCAAGGGACAGAACCCACGUCUUCUGGUCAAGCCGCCAUUUGCCAAAACUCAACUGGAGACGUUCUGUAUUCCAAUCAGGUGGAAACGCCUCAUGAUUUAAGUGCCAUGACUCCUGUAGGAAAAGUCUCCACGAAGAAGGCAGGAGAACACUUGGAUUGGGUGGCUAGUGGCCAAGACCCUGCCAAAGAGCCGGGGGCCAGCGAUGAGACGCCCAUUGAGCGUGAAAUCCGGUUGUCCAUGGAGAGGGAGAAGGACCAUUGGAAAGAGCGGGGGAUCCAAAGAGUGAGCAGCAGAGACGAGCUUGUGGAGAUCCGAUCCAAGUCUCUCCUGUCAUCUGCCAUCGCUUGGCCGGCUUCCUCCAGGAAAGGGAAAGAUAAACCUCGUGUUUCCUUUUAUGUUCAGAGGGAGAUUGAGCAGGAAACUAAGCGUGAGGCUGACCUCCAAAAGGAAGGGAGGCUUUUGGGAAUGUACGACAAGGGGGUCCAUCAGGAGCUUGCAGAACGGCGGAAAGUUUUCGAGCGCGAUGAGGCGGCCCCAAUGAUUUCUCCUCACAAGGCGAGGAAAGAGGGACAGCUCCGGGAGGUCUCCGACAGCAAAUCUGCACAGGCCCAUUGCAGCUUUGCCACAGACACUGAGACUGGGAAAACAAUCGCCGACCCGGGCAUGACCUGGACCUCAGAGGCCUACCGGUUGUCUUCACCUAAUCCCAACACUGGCAAAAGAAGACCAGAGAAUGAACUGACCCUUCUCAAUCACAGCUUCUCCAAUCCCAACCAGCAGAUGGAUUCCCCAAGACCAAGACUCUCUGGCAGCCAGGGUCCAGAAAGCCCAGGAGAGGAGCCUGUGCUGCUACGAGGGGAACAUUUCGCCAUCCCGGUCCAGAAGCUCAGGUUCUCUGCUCCUGAUGACCAGGGACUGCAGAUUGCCAGGAAGAAAGAGGACCAACCGGAGCGCUCCGUUUCCCGGGACGAGCUGUACACCUUGAAGACAUGGAGACCCCGGACGUCGGCCCUGAUUGACCAGGAGAUCCAGGACGCAUUGCAAAGGGAAGUGGAGCUUCAAGAGCAGCGGCGGAAGGCCAGGUUGACCACAGAGAGGGAGCCACACUCUCGGUCCUCCUCUCAAAGCUCAGCUGCUUCAGGGAUUGCUGACAGGUACUCCGUAACCGCCUUGUCCAUCCUUGUUCCUGAUUCCCCUGCGAGGUUGUCUCCACAGCAAGUCUACCUGGGGAUUUUGCCCUCAGAACCAGACCUGACAAUGCCCCACCAGAGUGUGGCGCAGCCCUCCGUGGAAGAGAAGAAAAGGAGGGCGAGAGAGGAAGGGAAGUACGCUGGCAUUGAACUCAGCGAUGAAAUCGACACAGAGGUUGUGAAAUCCACCAAAGUGAUCCGCCAGAGGGGCGUCUUGGCUGAGCUUUGGGAGACGGGACAAAUCCGCAGGAUCAGGGAUGAUGGAGACUGAUCCUGCCAGCGUUGCUCAGUCCUGGGGAGGAACCCGGUUCCCCAAAACGCCUCAGAGUUGCAGUGUCCAGUCUGUGGGACUUCCUUUUGUUUUCCUGUUUUCUUUUAUUAUUAUUAUUAUUAUUAUUAUUGAUUCAGUAUGCUUCCAGAGUUUCCAGAAGUCGGAUCAGGGGAGUUGACUCUGUGGGUUGUAUUCAACUGACUCUUCUGAGAGCAGGCCCGUUUAAAUGAAUGGACGUAAGCAAAGUCAUGGUCACUAAUUUCAACGGGUCUACUCUGCGUAAAAGUAUAAAAAGUUUUAUACUGCUUUUCCAUAGGCUGGCUGUUUUGCUAAAUACAACCCUGUAUUUGUAGGGCUGCGGGAGGGCUGUUCUCUCUUUGAAAGGGUCUCCGGUCCAAGUCUGGUUUAAAUAUAAAUAACGGUAAGAAGCUAGAUCGGGGAAGGGUCUUGGACAGAGGCGACUGGUGCCCAUUUAGGACUGGUGGGGCGGAAAACAAGGAGCCCAACAGUAGGAGGAGCCAGAGUCAAUGAGAGGCGGAGCCAACAAAUUCUAGUUUUCUUCCACCAUCCUCCUCCCUGUUGAAUUUUACAAGUGCAGCACUGAGACAAAGGAGGAGGAAACUGACAGGCAGUUGUACACACACACACCCCGGCUGGAUGGCAGGUGUGGACUGGCUACGGUCCGACUGCGGUUGGUGGAGGAGUGCCCCAUUCUCCCUACCAGCUUUGAAGCUGCCUGUCAACAGUUAUGGGCAGCGGACUGGUCGCAGUCUUUAUGCGUUUAUGUUUAGAUCCCGGCAAUAACUUCUAAAUUUCCAUCUAUACAUGGACAUUAGUGCAUGCAACUGUUAUGCAAAUCUCAUUCUUUUUUGCCCACUACUUUUGGUGCUGCUUUGCCUCUUGUUUGGGGGGGGGGGACACACUUAGGGACGGCCACCCGCCUUUUCUGCCAUUGUAUUGGUCCUGUACCUUUGACAUUAUCUGAAGGGCAUUUUCUUGUCUAUUUUUGGUAGGCCACCCUGGUACAUUUUGUUGCAGGGGACAAAAGAAAUCCAAGAACAAAAUAAUAAAACACCAGAGUGUAACCACGCGAGCAGUGUGGCUAAAAUGUGGGAGGGGGCAAAGUGGGUGUGAGAUGCUGCAUGGAGAAGCAGAAACAAAUUUGUAUUUCUCAGAGAGGCUUUCAGAAGAGCCUGGCGGGGGAGAAACCGGCUUCUUUCUUUCUUUCUGCAAAGUAAUGGGAUUGUUUUGUGUAAAUAAAACAUUCAUUUCUUCAUGGAGCGGAAGAAUGCAAAGAAUCCAAAGCUGUUAAGAGACAAACCAGUUAGUGAAGCAGAGGCCGGAGUAAGGGACGAUUAGAAGCAAGACCCAUCCAUUGUGGUUAUCAGGCCUUUCUUCUGUCUGGAAUUCAUUUCUCUGUAUUUGUGCAGCAAUUUGCGAUUUUUUAGUCCUUGUGAAAAUUCCCCAGCGUUUUAGUGAGAAUUUCUCCUAAUAAACACAUUUUU